AUGCAUGCGAAACAUCCAAGAAGAACUUGCUCCUUCACAUCGGAACUCAAACCACUCAUGGAAUUCCUAGCUGAACACACGAAGAAUGUGAAGUGUCCAAUGGUUUUGACUCAUAUCUUUAACAAGUACAGAGAUGAACGAAAUAUGAAAUCAUUGCCAGGACAGAUUCAACGCAAUUUCCGAACAUAUCUCUCACCGAUCAUUCAUACUUUCUCAGAAUUUGAAGAUGAAGUACUUGUGAAGAUUUUUUAUGCGACGAGUACGCCAGUGGAUGAAGAAUUUUUGAAAAAACUCAGAAUAACUGCCGAAGUGACAGUGGAUGAAAGCCAGCGAAUCUGUAAAUACGAAUCAGGAAGUCUUAGAUUGAAUGGAAAACACGUCAAGCUCUCCGGAUAUAGUCGUCUGAAAAGAAGAUCAACUGAUCCAUCAUACGGUCGAGAGAGAAAAACAAAUAAUAAUAAUAAUAAAAGAAGAUCGGAACCAUUCUCUUUCGUUCCGAACCCUGUUCCUGCCCCUGUUCUUGCCCCUGUUCUUGCUUCGGUCCCCGCUCCCGUUCCAGACCCUUUUUCUGUUCCCGCUCCUCAAAUGAAUCAAAAUCCUCACGGAACCGCUGUCGCCACAAACUCGUCCAUCCCGUUGUCUCCACCGAAUUGCCUGGGAAUGUCUGCAGUACCUGGAAUAAAUCCAAUUUGCAAUCCAAUGAUAACGCCGGAAUCGUUGGUCGAAAAUCAAUUCUUCAAUAUGAUGAGCGUUUUUGUUAAUUCGAUGACUAGUAUGAUUGAGUCGCAGCAACAUUUUCUGGUGAAUAUGGUUGAGAAAAUAUAUAUUCAAUCACUUCAGAAGAAGAAUGGAUCAUCUGAAACAUCCGAAAUUCCGGGCACGGCCGAACCUCCCGAAAUAGUCGAAACUACCACAAGCUUGCCGCAUUUUCUGAAAUUCUCCAAGUGCAUUCUCUCCUUUUUAAACUGCGAAGAACUCAACAAUUUAUCCAAACACUACGAUAAAUAUCUAGAGAAUCUCGGCACUGAAGACGCAGCAAUCCCAAAUGAAAAACUUAUUUUGGCUCUUGAAGUCCUAUUCUCGGUCUCAUUGUCGGCAAACGUCGUUUCGGUGGCAAAGCCAAAUGAAAGAACUAAUGCCAAGCACUUCAUAUCGCUCAUUGAAAAUUUCGUCUCAUCAGAACUCAAUUAUCCGCAAUUUCGGAAACUCGAUGAAAAACUUAAGAAGAAGAUCGCAUCAUUGGAAGAAAAUAGUCGUAUCCCAAUUGAAAAUCUGAAAUUGGCAUUUGAAGCCGCACUUGCCAUAGUCUCCAAGGAGCUUCAUGGAAAUGAGUCCGAAGUACCAGAGUCUGUUGAAGUCAAACAGGAGAUCACAUCCGUAUAA